AGGGCACACCCUCAGAGACUGGAUGAGAGAGAGAGACGGAGACAGAGGGGAUCCCGUGUGCAACACAACUUUGUAUUUCCACAGUUUCCACACUGACAGGAUCUCAUCUUCUGUAGUUGGACCAUUAUCAUCCAACGACAGGACCUAGAAAAUGGUGUUUGACAUCCGGAAGCGCAUCCAGGACCACCUGGUGGAGCGAAGAAUCCGCAGAAGCCGGCUGGUGACCAAAGAUGGCCACUGCAACAUUGAAUUCGGCAACGUGAAGUACGGCAGCCACUUUGCCUUCCUCGUGGACUUCUGGACGACCUUCGUGGAGUUCCGCUGGCGCUUUGUCCUCUUCUUCUUCAUCGCCUCAUUCACCCUGAGCUGGUUCAUCUUCAGCCUGCUGUGGUUCUGGAUCGCCCGGAACAACGGGGACCUGACGUGGCAGAACCCCCCAAGCAACCACACCCCCUGUAUGUGGAACGUCUACGGUCUCACUACGGCCUUCCUCUUCUCCCUGGAGACCCAGACCACCAUCGGGUAUGGUGUACGCGCUGUCACCCCCCAAUGUCCUGGUGCUGUAGCCCUCAUCAUUAUCCAGACUCUCAUAGGGGCCCUCAUACACUGCUUUAUGUGUGGAAUCAUCGUGUCCAAGAUAUCCCUCCCUAAGAAAAGGGCCAAGACCAUCUCAUUCAGUGAGGUGGCUGUCAUCUGUCCUAAGAAGGACUUCCUUUGCCUUAUGAUAAGAGUGGCCAACUUACGCAAGACCAUGAUGAUCGGGAGCCAGAUCUACGGCAAGCUGUUGAGGACAACAGUCAAACCCGACGGGGAGACAAUUAUCAUGGACCAGGUGAACAUUGAGUUCAUGAUGGAUGCUGGGAAGGACAACCUCUUCUUUGUGUGCCCUCUCACACUCUACCAUGUGAUUGACAAGGCUAGCCCUUUCUUUGAGAUGGCAGUGGACACUCUCCGUAAGCAGGAGUUUGAGCUGGUGGUGUUUCUGGAGGGCACAGCCGAGACCACCAGCUCAGCCUGCCAGGUCAGGACUUCCUUCAUUCCUCAGGAGAUCAUGUGGGGUUACAACUUCCUACCCAUCAUCUCCCGCAGCAAAGAGGGCAAGUACAGAGUGGAUUUCUCCAACUUCUCCAAGGUAGUGUCCGUUGCCACUGCACACUGUGCCUACUGCUUCCAUAACAUAAUGGGACACCACCUCCCCUCCAUCAAUGCCAUUGACAAUGUUGGAUUUGAAGUUAUUGAUAUCCUAGAAUAAUUUAAUAUUACCAAGAUGUGAACUUUGGAUGGCAAUAUGUGAAGAUUUUUUUUAUCUUGUAAUAUUUAUAUAUAUACAGUAGGGUUUGAAAUGAUUGACACCCUUUAUA